GCUUAGCUAAGACUAUGCCACUCAUCAUCUUCUGCCAACUCUCCUAUCCUCUUGCUUCCCCCGUUUCUUCCUUUCGCCAUAUAUAACAAACAAUGCAAACACAACGAGUUAACACUCUCGCACUUUUCCUCUUGUUGUUGCUCUCUCCGCCACGCCCCGCCGCAUCAAUGCCACCACGAGAUCCGCUCCGGUCAUCGUGCGCAAAGGCCAGGUACCCAACUCUCUGCUUCCAAACCCUCUCCAACUUCUCAAACCUCGCCACGAAGCCCUUGGACCUAGCCCAAGCCGCGAUCAAGGUUAGCCUGGCUCGCACGCGCACCCUCUCCGUUUACUUCAAGACGCUGAAUGCCACGUCGUCGCGUUUCGGGAAGAGGCAGCGAGUUGCGGUGAGUGACUGCGUGGAGCAGAUAUCCGACUCGGUGACUCAGUUGAUCAACACGCUCAACGAGUUGCAGCACCUCCGCGCCGGAACCUUCCAGUGGCAGAUGAGCAACGCUCAGACGUGGACCAGCGCCGCCCUCACCAACGGUGACACUUGCCUCAGCGGCUUCAACGACGGCGGCGCCACCGCGGACGGUGCUAAAAUCAAGUUGGAGGUGAAGCGAAGGAUCACCGACGUUGCCAUGCUCACCAGUAACGCGUUGUAUCUCAUCAAUCGCCUCGGUGAUGAUAGCGUGAGUGGGAAGCCUCGCACUGAUUUCGGAAACUGAUCCUGUCCCGUAACCGAAACUAUUUAUUAAGACAGUGUUUGGAAAGGCGUUAGAAAGUAGAAACCACGUUCAAACAACGCCUUUUUUUUUUUUUUUUUUAUCUUUCACGUCUCCAAACCCACUAUAAUAUGUGUGCACACUGUGAGCUUUCGGUAUUGGUAUUUUGCUACAAGGACGUGAUGUAUGUAUGUAUGUAUAUGACUAUAUCAACGUUUGCAUCAUACUACUUCGAUCUAAUAUGUGAUGGCUUAACUCUGUUUUUGCUUAAAGAAAAAUGUGUAAUUAUGGCUUC